AUGCAGGCUCACCCGCAGGUGGUGGAGGUGCAGGUGGGAGGCUGCAGGGUGCUGCGCAACGUGUGCUCCGGCGACGACGCCGCGGCGCUCGCACGCAAGCAGCGCGCAGCAGACGCGGGCGCGAUCGAGGCGAUCGUGGCGGCGCUGCAGGCUCACCCGCAGGAGGCGGGCGUGCAUGAGCAAGGCUGCCGGGCGCUGUGCAACGUGUGCUUCGGCACCGAAGCCGCAGGGGGCGCACGCAAGCAGCGCGCAGCAGCCGCGGGCGCGAUCGAGGCGAUCGUGGCGGCGCUGCAGGCUCACCCGCAGGUGGUGGAGGUGCAGGUGGGAGGCUGCAGGGUGCUGCGCAACGUGUGCUGCGGCACCGAAGCCGCAGGGGGCGCACGCAAGCAGCGCGUGGCAGACGCGGGCGCGAUCGAGGCGAUCGUGGCGGCGCUGCAGGCUCACCCGCAGGAGGCGGGCGUGCAAGAGCAAGGCUGCCGGGCGCUGCGCAACGUGUGCUCCGGCGACGACGCCGCAGGGCUCGCACGCAGGCAGCGCGCAGCAGCCGCGGGCGCGAUCGAGGCGAUCGUGGCGACGGUGCGCGCUCACCCGCAGGAGGCGGGCGUGCAAGAGCAUGGCUGCCAGGCGCUGCGCACCGUGUGCUGCGGCACCGACGCCGCAGGGAGCGCACGCAAGCAGCGCGCAGCAGCCGCGGGCGCGAUCGAGGCGGCUGCGGCGGCGAUGCAGGCUCACCCACAGGUGGCGGGCGUGCAGGGGCAAGGACAGCGCUUGCGCGAUCUGCUUGCCUGA